CAGAAAAAAUGUGUAAAUUAAGAUUCUUCCCUUUUUUUCAGCACAGAGCAAAGGUAUUUCCCACCUCUCACACGUUAACUUGUUUCGCGUUUUCUUCACUCCCUACGUUGUCUUUUCACCCUUUUUUGUAAUUCACUUUGUGUGUCAUGUUGAAAAUGAGGUGCUUCAUCCGAGGGAUACGCUACUUUUGUCUGAUCCUGGCAGUUGCCAAUACCGUGGCGUCCGGCUUCAACUUCGACAACGGGAUAACACAAAAGAAAUAUUUGGUCCUUCCAAAAUCGUAUUUUGACUGCAAAAAUUACAAUGUUAUAAGUAAAAGGAGAUCUUCCCUGAGCGUAAACCACGGAGAACUGUAUUGUGACGAAGACCCCUUCUGCAACUACUUCCUAUACAAUGGCACAAAGCAAGAAAUCCGACUUUGCUAUGACAAAAAAUUUGUCCUUAAAAGGCCCAGACAUGACGAACUGUGGCUUGCCAGCGUGAAGGAAAAAAUCUUUGAGCAAUUUUCCCCAGCACUUGUAAACACACAAGGUAUAUGUAACCACAAGGUGGAGAAGUUUUCCUUUCAAACCCUAAAUGAGGCCAUAAAAACGGCAAAGGAAAAAAUGCAAAACUUUAUGGUACUGAAUUUUCAGCCUAUUCUGAAAGAUGGUAACAAAAUGGAAAACAAAAUUGAGGGGUACUUCUGCGAAGUGAUAGAUUACUUCAUCGAUCGGGAAAGUUACGUCGUGUUCGAUUUUGCCAAGUUGGAAAAUCCUCAUCAGUCAUGCCUCAGGACGAAGAAAUGUGGAGCACGUGGAUCGAUACAAUCAGAUGAUAGCAAACACGAGGAGGGCGUAAACCCAGGAGAUGUGGUAGAAGCUCACAAAUUUUAAGGCUUAAGAUAUAUUUUUUUAAUGUACAUACGGUUUUGUUGCACCCUAAAUGGGUGCUUACAUAGCGAAUGCUG